AAUUUUUCGUUAUCUGGCAAGCAAAAUCUGCUUUUUGUUUGUAGGUUAUGUUUUAGUGAUUAAUUGUCAAAAUUUAUGUUGAAUAUUUUCGUGGAAUUUGUUCAGAUAAUAUGGAGUGGACAUGAACUUGUUACUUGUGUCGCUUUGUGAGUUAUUCUGUAGAUCUUCGGUUCUGGUAACAUAUUUUACAUCUAUCGUCCGUUUAAUGACUGUGUCGAACUCGGAGUAAUACUUGACAUUGAGUUAUUGAAUUGAGAUGUGAACACGAAAGUGGAUACGCACUCGUCACCGUACAUCAACAUCGUGAAGUUUUUUAAGUAAACCUAAUACUUUGUAGAUCUGUAUAGUUCAGUUUCGUUAUUUGUAAAGUUUAGACGUAAGCCGUCAACACAAUGACGAUGAGUCAGGUAUCAGUUAUGAAACUUUAUAAUACAGUGGUGGACGACGUGAUAGCAGGAGUGAGGGAUUUUUUUCUGGACGAUGGUGUCGACGAACAAGUGCUGCAGGAACUAAAGCAAUUAUGGAAAACAAAGCUUCAAGCCAGUGGGGCCAUGGACCCACCACAGCCUGAACCACCCAUACCGCCGCCUCCAGCGCUACAAAACUUCCAAAAAGCCAAUGGUAACAAUGUAUUACCUAAGAGAACUGAUACACAUUUGGUACAGCAAGGUUCCAGCCAAAACUCAGGUGUAGAACAUGGUGCUCCGGCUUCCAACAUUGCAGGCGCACACCCGCAUCACGUGAUGGAUCCCAAUAACAAAGUGCCUGUGCAACUCACCCUGCCAGCCCAGCCUGGUGUGCCCGGCUCGCAACCUCGUUCAUUUACUAUACAGAUUCCUGCAUCGGCUUUAAAUGGCAAUAAAUUACAUCAGGUGCUGACUGGCCCCAUCAUAAAUGCAACUAUAAGCCUACCUCAGCCAUUAGCUGCAACAUUAUUGCAGCAACACAUCAACUCUGCGCUCGCCGGCCAGCAAAAUGAAUUUGAUGGUGGUGGAGGCGGACGUAGUGGAGCUGCACCCUUCUCCUUAGAUGGUGCUCUUGACUCUUCUGAUGAUGAAGGCUCAAAUGGUGGAGAUGGAUCAGAAGAUGGUGCAGGUGAUGAUGAUGAAGAUGAGGAAUCUGCUGAGGAGCGUGCUGAGGAAGAGGAAGAGGAGCGGGAUGAGAGUGGAGGUGCUGAGGAGGAACCCCUCAACUCUGGAGAUGAUGUGUCUGAUGAAGAGCCUGGUGACAUGUUUGACACUGACAAUGUGGUGGUUUGCCAAUACGACAAAAUUACUCGGAGCCGCAAUAAGUGGAAGUUCUACCUUAAAGAUGGUAUCAUGAACUUAGGUGGGAAGGACUAUGUCUUUCAAAAAGCAAAUGGUGAUGCGGAAUGGUGAAAAUUUCCUAAGAAUGAACAAAUAAGCUGUGUGUAUUUUUAUAGAAGGUGUAACUUGUUGUAUCUGACUGUUGGAAUGUAACUACUAGGGAAUACAAAAGACAAUGGUGAAAUACUGUCACAGAUAUUAUUUGAUUAAUAUCAUAACACACAUUGACUUCAACCAUAGUAUGAGUAUGGAUCAUUUACAUAUUCUUCUCCAUGUAAAUUCUUGCAGUUAUGCAAUAAUUGCAACAUAUACCUAAUAUUGCACAAACUGCCUCUAAUGGUAGAACAAAAUACAGUUACUACUAACAAAAUUAGUAUCAUUAUCAAUUGGUAAAAUUGUACUUUGUGUGUACACAUGUUACUUUACAUAUUCCUUUGGAAGUAAUCAUUAGUUUAACUGCAUAGAGUAUCUAAUGUGUCCUUAUCUCUUGUGUCCUAUUCUUUUAUCUAUUUACCUAACAAAUAUUACUUCACUUAUGUACUCUAUACUCUGACAGGAUUUCACUAAUAUUCUAUUCUAUUGUUUCUUAUACACAUUAUUGUUUAUGUUUCCCUAACUUAGUUGUUAGAAAGUAACUUUGAACCAUAUUAAACAAGUAAAUAUAAUCCUGUGAGCAUUUACUCAACUAGCUUGAAGUCAAUGUUAGUAAUGCUCAUGAAGACCAAAUGUUGGUGAUGGUUCAAUGAUUAUGAGCUUGUAACAUUAGUUAUUAUCCAAAUUAUUUAAGUGUACUAUAAAUAUUGUAAUCUGCUAUAUUAGCUUCACUAUAGUCCAUACAUAAUCCAAUCAUUGUAAAGGUAGAAAAUAUUCCAAAUAUAUGUGUAUUAUAUAACUUGUGCCAUAACAAAGCAAUAACUAUAACAUCACAUCGUGUUUGUAAAAAAAAUCCAUUAACUGUAAUUUAUAAACUGCUUAUCUAAACACAGGCAUUUUGUAGCUUAUGAUUGGUAAUGAAAUGGCUUACACUUCGAAAUAGUACCUAAUUUCAUUUUGUUGGUACAACUAUGAUUUUCUCGAGAGCAGAAAUGUGCUGUACAUAUACAUAUGUGAUUCUGGAUAUAUUUUGGUCACUUGGCAGAAUUUAUUUAUGUAUUUUAUUUUAUUUGUUACUUAGUGAAGCUGGUAGCAUUUAUGUUAAUGUUAGUGUGAUUAUGUAAGCCCAAAUUAUUAAGUAAUAUGUACUCGAACAUAUUGACAUAGUUACUUCAUUUGGAUUAGCAUAGAUUGAGUUUUACAUCCAAACAUUAUUUGUAAGGUUCUUCAAUAUUAUAAACAUUGCUCUGUUCUUUUAUUACUGUUAUUGUAUAUAUUUUCUUACUUAUCUUUCAAUGACUAUCUAAACAUACUAGCUUGAAAUAAUUUCAGAUAUUAAUUCACUCGCACACUGGAAGGUACUUGUAAAUGACACCCGAGUACCGGCUGAACCUUUCUAUAAGGAAUAUGUGAAUAUUAUGUAAUGACCAUCCAAAUUUUGAGCUCACUUUAGUUUAAGAAUGUUUUGUCUCAGUUCAGGCACUAAGUUAUUAUAUUGUGAUAUCUAUGUUAAUAAACUUAUUGUUUUCUUUAUCCACAAUGGGUGGAAAUUUGGAAAUGUAUACUAAAUUUUAUUUGUAAUUAAAUGAUCUUAAUGUUAAUGGUACAUGCAGCGCGUUCCAUCAAUCUAGUUAAUUCUCAAAUAGAUGUAUAAUAAGUUUUCUUAUGGUUUGUUUCAAUCCCUUAAAAGUUUGAUGAAAGUGGUAAUUAUAAUAAAAUAUGUCGCAACA